AUGUUUCUUUCUCUCUCUUUAUCCCACUUUUCUCUCUAUUUCCUUCUCUCUCUCUUUCUUUCUCUUUCUCUUUUCUUUCUCUCUUUUCUUUCUUUCUCUCUUUUCUUUCUUUCUCUUUUUUCUUUCUCUCUCUCUUUUCUUUCUCUUUCUUUCUUUCUUUCUUCUUUAUCUCUUUUUCUUUGUCUCUCUCUCUCUUUUCUUUCUAUUUCUUUCUUUCUAUCUUUUUCUCUCUUUUUCUUUUUUUCUCCCUUCUCUUUCUUUUCUCUAUCUUUCUCUUUCUCUCGCUUUCUCUCUUUCUCUUUUUCUCACUCUUUCUCUUUUCUCUCUCUCUUUUUCUCUUUCUCUCUCUCUCCCUUUUUCUCUCUUCUCUCUUUCCCUUUUUCUUUCUUUCACUCUUUCGCUUUUUUCUCCCUGUCUCUCUUUCUCUCUCCCUUUAUCGAUCUUUCUCUUUCUUUCUCUCUCUUUCUCGCUCUUUCUUUUUUUCUCUUCCUCUCUUUUUUCUCUUUCUCUCAAUCAUUCUUCAUCUUUACCUCAUUUUAUUCUUUGCUCUCUCUCCCUCAUUCUCAUUUUUUGAAUAACAAUAUAUCUUUUUCUCCCCAUUUAUCCUUCUCUCUCUCUCUCUCUCUCUCUCUCUCUCUCCCUCUCUCUCUCUCGCUCUCUGGCUUGCUCUUUGAAUUAGGAGCAUUACUUUUUGCUGAAUUUGAGUUAUUCGAAAAUAUCGUCGACAAGAAAACCUUUGUUGGUUCUCUCUCUCUCUCUCUCUCUCUCUCUCUCUCUCUCUCUCUCUCUCUCUCUCACUCAGUCACUCAACAAGACGCUCAUUUUUAUGUUUUCUCUCAUUCUUUUUUUAUUUAUUUCUUUCUUUCUUUCUUUCUUUUUUCUUUGGUUUAUUUUACCUUUCUUUUCCUUCCUCCCCCGACCCGUAUUUCUCUCUUUCCUCCUCCUCCUCAACUUCUUUCUUUCGUUCUUUCUUUCUUUCUUUCUUUCUUUCUUUCUUUCUUUCUUUCUCUCUCUCUCUCUCUCUCUCUCUCUUUCUCUCUCUCUCUUUCUCUCUACUCGGUUGAUCCGUUUUUACCUCUCUUUCUCAGGCCCAUCUUAACUAUUUUCUCUUUCUCUCUCUCUGUCUCUCUCAGGCCCAUCUUAACUUUUUUCUCUUCCUUUCUCUCCCUCCCUCUCUACCAUUUUGGCUCGUUUUUGUCUGUGUCUCUGUCUCUUUCUCUUUCUCUCUCUCUCUCUCUCUCUCUCAGACCCGUCUCAACUUUUUUGCUCUUUUUCUCUCUCUCUUUCUUCCUCCUCUUUUGGUCUGUUUUUAUCACUCUUUCUCAGGCCCGGCAGUCGUAUCGACGCAGAGUUUCUUGUGAUGAAGGGCAGUCGUAUCGACCCAGAGUUUCUUAUGGUGAAGGGCAGUCGUAUCGACCCAGAGUUUCUUGUGAUGAAGGGCAGUCGUAUCGACCCAGAGUUUCUUAUGGUGAAGGGCAGUCGUAUCGACCCAGAGUUUCUUGUGAUGAAGGGCAGUCGUAUCGACCCAGAGUUUCUUGUGAUGAAGGGCAGUCGUAUCGACCCAGAGUUUCUUAUGGUGAAGGGCAGUCGUAUCGAACCAGAGUUUCUUGUGAUGAAGGGCCAUAA